UAUUGAGAAGAACAACAUGGCCUAACUACGCUCACAGAUGCCUCCUUCGUCUCCAUAGUUCCAGGUCCUCGAUUCUACAUACAACAUACAUUAUACACCCCUGUCUCUCUCUCUCUGAAGGGUACGCACUUCUCGAAACUCUCACUCUCCAACAAUCUCCCUCCAAUCUCCGCCAAAUGCAAUUGUAUCGUCCCAUUCUCUCUCUCCCCACAUCUCCCCGAAGAUCUGAGCCUUUCCACAGGCAGUCAUUUGUUAACUGGAUUCGCAAAACGGAGCAUUAUUAGUCACUGCUUUUCCAAUCCGAAUGCGAGAGGCGAACGCGGAUUUGUCUCAUUCAGGAUCUGAACGCCGCGCUUGAUUAAUAACUAGGUUUUUUGUUUUUUGGUCGGAUUGAAAUGGCGAUGGAUACUACUACUACUGCUGCUGCGGAUUUGAAUGGCGACGUGGCGCGUCUCGACGCGGAGCUGCUGCAGCUGCCGGAGGUGUCUCCGCUCGCCCUCAAAUCCAACCCUUACGUUAUCGAGGGGCUGUUUGACCAAUGGCUCUCGCUGCCGGAGACUGCUUCUCAGGUGAAAUCCUUGCUUAACAAUGCAAAGGCAGGUGUUUCCUUGAAUAUCAGUGGAACAUCUUCUAGCCCUCAUGCUGCUUCAAGCAAUUCAUUGCCCUCGAUGUUUCCAGCCGGCAGUGCUCCUCCACUUUCUCCGAGGAGUUCAUCCGGCUCUCCUCGUGUCGUGAAACAGAGAUUGGGCCCAUCUACUCUUGGUUCUCCUCUAAAAUUAGUCAGUGAGCCAGUAAAGGAAUUGAUACCUCAGUUUUACUUUCAAAAUGGCCGUCCACCAGCUAAUGAAUUGAAAGAACGAUGUCUGUUCGGAAUCAAUCAAUUUUUCUACGAUCACAUUGACGGAUUACAAGUUCAGGAAUUUAAAUUAGUUACAAAGGAAAUCUGCAAGCUCCCCUCAUUCUUCUCUACUGCUCUCUUUAAAAAGAUUGACAUUGAUUGCAAAGGGGUUGUAACCAGGGAUGCUUUUGUUGAUUAUUGGGUGGAUAGCCAGAUGAUGACAAAGGAAACAGCCACCCAAAUAUUUACAAUUUUGAAGCAGCCAGAUCUCAAGUACCUCACUCAGGAUGACUUCAAACCUGUGCUUCGAGAACUUUUGGCUAGUCAUCCAGGGUUAGAGUUCUUACAAAGCACACCGGAAUUUCAAGAAAGAUAUGCUGAAACCGUAAUAUACAGAAUAUUUUACUACGUGAAUAGAUCGGGUAAUGGGCGUCUUACACUCAGGGAACUGAAACGUGGAAACUUAAUUGCUGCGAUGCAACAUGCUGAUGAAGAGGAAGACAUCAACAAAGUUUUAAGGUUCUUUUCUUAUGAACACUUCUAUGUAAUAUACUGCAAGUUUUGGGAGCUGGACACAGAUCAUGAUUUCUUGAUAGAUAAAGAAAACCUUAUCAGAUAUGGUAACCAUGCACUUACCUACAGGAUCGUUGAUAGAAUAUUUUCUCAGAUACCAAGAAAGUUUACUAGUAAGGUUGAGGGCAAGAUGGGAUAUGAAGACUUUGUAUAUUUCAUACUGUCGGAAGAGGAUAAAUCAUCUGAACCUAGUCUUGAGUACUGGUUCAAGUGCAUAGAUUUGGAUGGAAAUGGGAUUUUGACAAGGAAUGAAAUGCAGUUCUUUUACGAGGAACAGUUGCAUCGAAUGGAAUGCAUGGCCCAAGAGCCUGUGCUCUUUGAGGAUAUUUUGUGUCAGAUAGUUGACAUGAUUAGACCGGAGAAUGAGAGCUAUUUUACAAUACGUGACUUGAAGGGCAAUAAACUUUCAGGAAGCAUUUUCAAUAUCCUUUUUAACCUUAACAAGUUCAUGGCCUUUGAAACUCGGGAUCCAUUUUUAAUUCGUCAGGAGCGUGAGAAUCCAAACUUGACGGAAUGGGACCGGUUUGCCCACAGAGAAUAUAUUAGGCUUUCAAUGGAAGAAGAUGCUGAAGAUGCGUCCAAUGGAAGUGGAGAUGUUUGGGAUGAAUCACUCGAGGCCCCGUUUUGAGAUCUGGUUGCUGCUUAUGAAGAAUCAAUGAACCUUUUCGUCAAGCUGCUCCCAACAAGGCGAGCAUUUUUGGUGGAUUGGUUCAAUGGGCUCAGCACGCUUUCAAACCCAGCAAGAAAUUUCAAGGUUGACCCAUUGAAGUUUCUGUGUGAUUUGCCAUAGAGCGCCUUCUGGGCAAGAAAACAUUUGGAAAAUGAUGCACUGAGAGGAGCAUUAUAUGAUUAGAAUACUGCUUCAGACAGGGCAGGCUAAUUGGCGAUGAGUGGUUGAUCAAAAAAUAGUUCAGAAACUGUUGGCACUUUCUAUUUAUUUUAGUUGUAAGAUACAGUCAUUGUUUUUGUAUCAUCUUGUAGAGCUGUAUUUGGUGGUGUUUGCAUUCGAAAUGGGGCUCAACACUGAGGGUUUAUCUUCUUUUUUUUUCUUUUUCUUUUGGUUACUUGUUUUUGUUCUCGUCAUCUUUUUGUUUUUGUUUCCUUUGUUCUUUGCAAUUUAGACAAAGGGCGGUUCAUAGUAGACUUGUGUUUUUGUUUUUAGUGUAUGUUUUUCCGAUUCAAA